GUAGUCACUAGUAUUUUAUUAUUUUGAUAGGGAAGGCCCUACAGACGUUGCCGUCUUGUUACAGGGAACCCUAAGUGCUCUUUACAGAGCGAAACAAAAACGGUGUGUCGAGUCAGCGGAAGAGCUGAAUCGUUUUUGUUGAUGCGAAAAGUGAGAAGACAGUUGAACUCCGGAGCUCCCUGGCGUGAGCGACUGACUCACUGAGCUGAGGCCAUGCCGCCAUCUAGCCCCACAAACAGAAGGUCCGCUCGAAGACUUCCAGACUCCAGCGAGAACCCUUUCUGCUUUCGCGUGCAUUGGACGAGCGCUCGCUACUUACAGGUGUGCAUUGGCGCUGUGACACUGUUGCCCAUUCGUAUCAUACUCGCGCUGUGCAUCAUCUUGCCAGGCAUUGUGUUGGCCAAGCUUGUGUCCUUAACACUACCAGUCAGUGCAGAGGGGUUCUCCUACCAUAAGCCAUGGCAAAGGUAUAUGAUGAAGGUCAUCCUUGGCAGGUGCCUUGGACGGGGACUACUCUGGUGCCUGGGGUUUCCAUGGAUACGUGAAUAUGGGACGCAAGCUGAUGUAUCUGAGGCACCUGUGGUCGUUGUUUGCCCGCACACGUCCAUAUUUGAUUCCUUCUUCGUCGGUUCAAUCGUACACGGGGCGUACGUAUCGCUGAAAUCCAAUCGCAAUUUCCCGCUUGUUAAGGACCUGCUGGAGGCUGCCGUCACGAUAUGGAUCGAUGAGAAGAAAAAGGAUGACGCCGUUGUUGAGUUUCAAAAGCGACUCAAGUCCACCGAAAAAUCCCCGCCGAUCAUAUUCUUCCCAGAGGGAGCUGUCCAUGGCCCUGGUGUGCUGACAGAGUUCAAACAAGAACUCCCACUCAGGCUUUAUACUGUGUCUGAUCUACUUCUGAAGGCGCGUUCAAGUUUGAACUGCCAGUCCAGCCCAUCAUCUUUCGAUUCCCCGAAGACGGCCGAGGGACUGUUUCAGACGAUGUGCAUUGCUUACACUCCGGCAGAAGUGCAUUUUCUACCGGUCUACACUCCAUCAGAGAAGGAGGAACAAGACCCGCAGCUUUAUGCAACGAAUGUGAGGAAUGCCAUUUCCCAGCAAAUGAAGCUGAACCUCUCUCAGCAUAGUCGACAAGACAUGAUCCUGACUAGUCUGGCAGUGAAGUAUGGCUUGCCGGCGUGGACCGGCAAUGUGGAGUAUGUCGUCAUGCGAGACACUUUGCACUUGAAUCUCGAUCUCCUUAAAGUCCUGCUGGAACGGUUUGCAGUGCUCGACUCCGACAAAGAUGGAUUUGUCACGAGCGAAGACUUUGCUGCGGACUUGAAUUGGCCCGUGGCAGAGGAUGUUGCUGAGUUGUUCAGGACGUGUGAUACGGCCGAGCGCGGGAAGAUCACAUUCCGCGAGUAUGCAGUUGCGUAUUCCGAUCUCAUUCGGCCAUAUGAAGAGGAUGCUGCCUUCAUCAGUCAGACGUUUGAGGCCUUGAACCGGAGUAAUGCAGAUGCGAAAACUGGAAGAACGUCAGUCGAGGACCAGAGACUCCUGUCGGUUAGUACAUGGCUGAUGGGCUUGGUGGCAAAUGGCAGAGCUCGAGAGCGUACAAACUCCGCUGAAACCUCCUCAACACCCAAUCGUAACGGCACAUCAACAGAUAUCAUUGAUAACUUCAAGCAGAUUGUGUCCCGGAAGCCAGAGCUUCUCGUCCUCUUGUCAUCCCUCAGCUCAGUUAGUAUGGAAUCAUGAGUCGGUACACGCUCGACUAGUUCUGCUUGACGACUACUUGCUGUGGCAUAAGAGUACAUGUAUGUGUAGUUCAACACGUGAACGCACUCCGUGUUAUAUCAUAGCCAGUUUCCUAUUGUGAUUUUAUCCCAGUGGUGUGUGUGUGUGUGUGUGUGUGUGUGUGUGUGUGUGUGUGUGUGUGUGUGUGUGUGUGCAUGUGUGCACGUGUGUGCAUGCUUUGGGUCAUUUCAUAAUAAUAAUGUGUGUGCAUGUGUGUGUGUGUGUGUGUGUGUGUGUGUGUGUGUGUGUGUGUGUGUGUGUGUGUGUGCAUGUGUGUGUGUGUGCAUGUGUGUGUGUGUGUGUGUGUGUGUGUGUGUGUGUGUGUGUGUGUGUGUGUGUGUGUGUGUGUGUGUGUGUGUGUGUUAAAGUGGCAAGCUGCAUCAACGAGCAGUAGUUGAAUUAUUCUUCCCUUUGUCUAUAGAUACAGUACUACAGCUUGACUACCCACUCAGACCUUACAGUAGUAGUUAUACAGGCGGGCAUUGAAGCUCGUUGUUACACAUCUUUCUCCCGAGUGGACCAGCAGUGUCCUUUUAAAACACUCAUAAAAUGUGAAUGCUAUUCACUCAAUUAUUUUGCAAAACGCAUCAACACGCGAUGCCCGUUAGUUUAUCAUCCACCUGGGCAGAGACAGGGUUAGAUUGUGCUGCGGGCAUAUUCUUCGAAGUGACAUUGAUUUUAUCUUUUUCUUUGGAGUAAUGGCCAUGGGGGUCCUAGCUCCCGCUCCUCGUUAAGCUUGAUUGAAUUUUGGCUGCAUUUUACUAUGUGGCAGACUAUCUUUGUGUUCUGAAAAUACGCAACAGUUGGCGACAAGCGUGCUCAAUCUCU